UUUGCAUCUGGCUCUGUGGAUAAGACGGUGAAAAUCUGGAGAAUUGGGGAUGGAAAUGCUGAAGCAUCUGAACCAUUGAAAAUGUCGGUCCAAGGAAGGAAGUCACUGGGUUACUCCAGAACACUGGUCAGCGAUUGGUCAGAGGAGGAUGUGAGCGAGUGGCUCUGUGAUGAAGGACUUGAAGCUCUGGUGGACACGUUUAGGGCCCACAACAUUGACGGGGCCGAACUCAUCAGCUUAAACACAGAGACACUGACCACUGAGUUUAACAUUGAGUCGGUGGGUCUCCGGGGUCGAGUCCUGAGGAAGAUUAAGGACCUGAGAUCUUCACUGAUGGACUCUGAUGUUCCUGAUGAGUUCCUCUGUUCGAUCACCAGAGAGCUCAUGAAGGACCCCAUCAUCGCUGCAGAUGGAUUUUCCUAUGAAAGAGAGGCGAUGGAGAGCUGGAUCAACACUCCCAAUCGCUCCAGCCCGAUGACCAACCUGCCUUUACAAACCACGCUACUGACCGCCAACAGAAGCCUGAAGAUGGCCAUACAGCGCUGGAAGAGCAGCCACUGAGGCGGAAGACUGCAUGCACAGGUGGAGGAGUUUCUUACACACACCAGUGUUCAU